CCCAAAUCCAAUCCAAACCUUUCGUUUUCAGGAAAGAAGAAAAAAAAAAAAAGGAGGUUGGAGAUACUAAAGUCAGAUCAUUAAAGCACAUGUACAUGAGCAAUCAGAUCGAUACCCCAUUUUCAGGUGCAUGCAAAGAUGGCAGAGCUUUCCAAAUUUGCUGAAGAGAUUAUGGUGGAAAUCAUGUCAAGGUUGCCUCCCAAAUCUCUGAUGCGGUUCAAGUGUGUCCGUAGGUCAUGGAAUGCUUUGAUCAAUAAUCCCAACUUUGCAGCCAAACACCUUGCUUCUUCGAAGCGCACCCUGCUGUCAUCAUCCUCCACCACCAUCAUUUUUAGGCAUUUUCUCAUUGCAGACCUCAACCCUGACGAGAUGGAAAUGAUACUGUCAUUGUACAAUUUUUGCAACGAUUUUGAUGGUUGCUUUCUUGAAGAUAUCCAUUUUCCGCAUUCCAUGGGUUUAGAGUGUAGGCGGAAAUUUCACGAGCCGGGGUCUACUUUUGGAAUUUCAUGUUAUUGUGAUGGGAUUAUAUGUCUAGCUGACUAUGGACAGAAACCGAACAUAGUCUUAUGCAACCCAGCAAUCAAGGAAUUCAAGCUUCUUUCCGAGUCGCAGCUUGCCCUCUCUUCCCCGACAUUCCGGAAAACAGCUGCCGUGGGUUUUGGUUGUGAUCUGAUGUUGAAAAAUUAUAAAGUUGUCAGACUUAUAAAUAGUGGAUGGCGGUAUCGUGAUGAUCAAGAUACGGUUAUUCCUCAUCUUUAUGCAGAAGUGUACAACCUUCGCACAGAUUCUUGGAAAGAAAUCAAGAUUGAUGGUUUAUUAAAGGAAAAUAAAAUCGUUGUGCCUGAUUCGAAUGCUCAAACCAAGGGACUAUGCUCCAAGGGAAUUCUUUACUGGUGUGCAAUGGAAGAAGAAAAGGUUUUAGAAGUUACCUGUGAUGGUGAUGAUGAGCAAAAAGAAAUUGAUAUGCAUGCAUGCAUCAUUUCGUUCAACGUAGGUGAUGAAUCAUUUCAUGUUAUAAAUAUUGGCUCAUAUGAUGAUCAUUGUUGUUUAAUAGAUGGUGUACUUGGAUUGUGGAAAGAAUCCAUUGCUCUCUGUGUUCGUGGCUGGACUACCCUAGACAUAUGGGUGAUGGAUGACUUUGGUGGUGGUAAGGGUUCUUGGACAAAAUACUUGGCGAUCGAGCCGGUAGUAAAGAUUACAUCUCAAUUUGCAUUAUUUGGAAAAAGCGAUGAGCAGUUUGUCUUGGUUGCCUGUGAUGAUUCUGUUGUAAUAUUCUAUGACAUUUGUACCAACAAGUUUAACUAUCUUCCUCUGAAUGGCGUACUUCUGCAUCAUACUCAAGUUGUUGAAUAUGCGAGUAGUAUAGUUUCAGUCAAAGAAUGCAAUAAGCUUGAUAUGGAAGCAUAA